AUGUCACAGUGGCAGCUUCUUAGAGCAAGCAGAGCGAACCAGGCGGCUCUGGGAUACCGAGUCCAGCAUGGAGCUGCAGCCCCGGUCUACUACAGCACCGCUGUUGCUGCUGCAGGUGGGAACUGCGGCCGCAGCUUCUGCUUGUCCAGCGAGAAACAAACCCUGCAGCAGCUGAACGGGAGGUUGGCUUCUUACUUGCAACAGGUGCAAUGUCUGGAAGCAGCCAAUCAGAGGCUGGAGUGUCAGAUCCAAGAAGAACUGAACAGGAAGUGUCCUGGAGAGCUGAGGCAGCUGGACGGAUACCUCAGGAGGGCGUCCUUGCUGCAGGACAAGAUCAGUGAAUGUCUCUCGGACCAGGCUCAGGUAAAACUGCAGCUGCUCGGAGCUCAGCUUGAUGCCUUUGACCUCAAUGCCAGGUGUGAGAAGGAGUGCGAGCGGCGUGGCAGGGUGGAGGCGGAGCUUAGCGACCUGAGGGAGCUGGAUGCGGAGCUAAAAAUCUACAAGAUGCCAGAGCUGGAGAGUCUGUUGGACAACCAAAUGCAGCAGCUGGACGUGCAGGUACUCGUAGGUCAGGUGUCAGGGGGCAUCGCUGUGGAGAUGCAGACUGCUGAGUCAUCAGAUCUGCUCCGACAGCUGAAACACCUGAGAACAACAAGUGUGCCGCUGCUCGAUAGGAACCCCAAGGAGUACUGGUUCAAGACUCAGGUGUCCACGCUGAGUUCUCCAGAGGUGACCUUUGAUCCUGCUGUGGGUUCAGAUUUGGAUCAGGCUGAGGUGAAGGAGCUAAGGAGGACAGCAACCACUCUGACAGAAGAACUGACCCGACUGCAGGCUCUGAUCUUGGUCUUGGAGGUCUCUGGUCGGGAGCAGGCUGAUUCUUUCGUCCUGCAGUUGGAAGCCCUGCAGCAGAAGGUGGACGGCCUUUGUAGAGACCUGGACUCGGUGCUCCAGGCUGCAGCUCAGCAGGCAGCAGACUAUGAUGCCCUGCUGGAUAUCAAGAGCCGACUGGAGGCUGAGAUCCAGGACUACAAGAGGCUCUUGGAUGAAAUUAACCAGGAAAAGUAUGAGAUGAUGAUGGAAACACAAUAG